AUGGAUCUAUUGCAACCUAACGUGUUUAGACUGUCUCUGUGUAAGUUAUUCAAUGAAUUAGACACUCUAUCUAAGAAUACUUCUGUUAUAACACAGUCCAUCAGUAUAAAUAAGAGGAAGAAUGCUUUACUGCUUAAGGAUAUAAAAGAAUUAAAGAAAAGAAAAGAAGAGCAGACUAACUUACUAAAUAAAGAAGAGAAUAUAUUAUACAAAUACGCAAAAGUCUUAUCCACCACAGAAGAUAUAAUAAACCAAACAGAAAUAGAAUUAUCAGAUAUAAGCACAGAGAAGAAUAAGUUAAUUAGUAUACUAAAUAAUAAACAUAUACAGGAGAAUGAAUUAAUAUUAGGGAUAUAUGAAGGGUGUAUUAGUAUACUAAAUAAAAAAUAG